AUGAGCAUGGACGACCCCGUUGAGAUGAUUCGCGCAUUACAGCAGAAAAUGGACGAGAUGCAGCAGCGCCACGAGGACGAGAUGGCGGCCGUAAAGGCCGACUGCGAAGCCCGGAUAGCCCGGGAGGUUGGACGGAUAGACAGGGGAGAGCGAUUCAAAAUGUAUAACGGGACAACGGAUCCUGCGUCCCAUAUCCAGACGUUCUCGAACGCAAUGGCGUUCCGAACGGGCAAUGAUGCCAUUUGGUGCCGAGCGUUCUCGCUCUCAUUGGAGGACGAAGCGUUGGAAUGGUUCAAUACCCUCCCCCCUAAUUCAAUAGAAAACUUUACCGGGUUAAAGCAGCUAUUCAUUAAACAAUUCGCGGCCAGCAGUACCCAAGACUUGACCGUAUUCGAAUUAAUGACCCUCAAGCAGGGGAAGGAUGAAGCGCUGCGGACGUUUAUUGACAGGUAUCAGAAGACCGUCCGACACGUGAAAAGCCUGACGCCAGAGCUCGCCCUUCACUAUAUCCUGCCGGCUCUAAAGCCGGGGCCGUUUAAGGAUAGCGUCUGCAGACGAGCGCCCAAAACAAUGGAAGAGUUGAGGGAACGAGCGGCGGAUGAGAUAAGGGUGGAGGAGAUGAAGCUCUCAUACAAGAGGGAAAAUCAGGAGGCCAGGGGAGAAAGGACGGACGACAACAAGCCCGGUCAGUCGACGGGGAAAACGUCCGGUCCUAGGCCAAGGGAGUAG